AUGUCUUCAGAUCUUAUGGAUACCGAAGCAGGCGGUGAAGGCUCGCAAUACGAGUCAAUCCAGACAGUCACAGAACCCCACUCUAAGCAAGGCGGACAAAUGGGUGAAGAGGAAACUCAGCCAGAUGCCGUGACUUCUCAACAAGAACAGCAGAAGGCUGAGAGAGGAGCGAAAACAGCAGAGAACGUGAGGUAUGGACAGACAAUCUCAGAAGGGGGUAUGGGAGGCAAGACUACAGAAGCUGGAGGAAGUGCGAACCAAGACGGAUUUGGACCAUUGGGCGCACAGGGAGGAACAGAAGAUGCUGAAGAGUCCAGGCGGGACCAGGGCUACGGGCCAGGAUCUGGCAUUGGAGCAUAG